AUGGCCGAAUUUUCAUCCCUGACCCAUAAAUUCCGAGCCAACUUGGACCAUCAACAGCAAGGUGGGAAUAAAAUCAGUAAACGCAACCGACAGCCUCUUUCAUGUGCCCCGUGCCGAAUCAAGAAACUGAAGUGCGACAGAGGCCAUCCGUGCGAGACAUGUAUUAAGAAAGGAGAUCAAGCCAGCUGUACCUAUGGCAAGACGGCGCCCAUCUUCAACAGGUCAGAAGCCCACACCAAUGCCGUCAACAAUCACAACAACAAUGGCCGCAGCAAAGCCCAGGAGAGGCUGCGUCAUCUCGAGCAGCUGGUCAUGCAGAUGGUUGAUAACAGUGUCGGCCCAUCCCAGCCAUCAGAGAGCAUGGCCGCCGCGUCCCCCGAGAGAGACGCGCCGAAUCCAACCAUAGCGACAGAAGGACAUCUUCAGGUCGGCUCAUCUGAAGCCAGAUACGUCGGUUCAACUCAUUGGUCCGCCAUCCUGGAAAAUAUCCAAGAGCUCAAGACUGCGCUGGGCUCCGAACAUACUUCCAGCACCGAACUCGACGAGUCUGAAGAUAUCGAACCUCAAGGUCCAGAGUGUCUCUUCGGAUCCCCCGGCAAUUUGUCGUUGGCGCAGAUUCUCGCUCAAGCUCUUCCGCCCCGACUCCAGGUCGAUCGACGUCUGUCCACCUACUUCAAUUCUAGGUACCUGGUGAUCCCUUUCAUCCACACGACCCAGUUCCAGCGACAAUAUGAGCAGUUCUGGCGGGCACCACUUGAGGCUCCUCCUCUAUGGGUCUCCAUUCUCUUUUCCAUUUGCUGUAUGUCGGCCACGCUGAGCGAGGCCGUCGGCUCCGAGCCUUCCACACCGGAAGACCAGCCCAGUCCACGCAUGAAUUUUUUGACCGCGGCCAGCCAAUGCCUCCGACUCGGUGGCUUCGUCCGGCCCAAGCGCUACGUGGUUGAAGCCCUCGCACUCCACGCCCAGUGCAAAUACAUGUCGACGCUGGACCCGGCGCGCGAGGUGGGCAUCAUUUUCACGGUUCUCGUGCGCCUGGCCUUCCGCAGCGGCUACCACCGCGACCCGUCGCAAUUCCCACACUUCAGCGUCUUUGAAGGCGAAAUGCGCCGGCGUUCCUGGGCCAUGUUGCGCCAAUUCGAUCUGAUGGUCUCUUUCCAGCUCGGUCUCCCAAACCUGAUUCCGCCCAACAGCUGGGACACGCUGCCGCCACGGAACCUGCUCGACACCGACUUUGACGAACACACCACCAUACUCCCACCCUCCCGGCCCGAAAACGAAGCCACCCAGAUCCUCUAUUUCAUCGUCAAGUCUCGCCUGAUGACUUCAUUUGGCAAAGUCUGCGCCCACGCCUUGACCUUCCGAGAAUGCAAACAGAAGGAACUCAUGGAACUGGACGCCGAAGUGCGCGAAACGUACAAGACGGUGCCGGACACCCUGCGCAUCAAGCCCAUGUCGCAGUCAUUCGCGGACCCGUCAUACCUGAUCAUGGUGCGCCUGAACUGUGAGUUUCUGUUCCAGAAGUCCAUCUGCGUCCUGCAUCGCAAGUACAUGACUCAGGGCGGGUACCCGGCGAGCACCGCGGCGUGUACCGACGCAGCAAUUGCGAUCACCAAGCACAUGUUGGACCUGCACAAGGAGUUCCAACCCGGCGGCCAGUUGUUUGCAGACCGCUGGAUGCUGAGCAGUUUCACCAUGAACGACUUCUACCUCGCGAGCAUGGUGCUGUGCUUGGGUAUUUCAAUGUGGAAGAAGGCCCACCCCGGCAAGGGUGUCAAUGAGGACGAGAGGAUGGAGAGCCAACACGCGCUGCUCCGAUCUGCGUUUGAGAUCUGCGAAGAGCUCAGCCCAACUAGUACGGAGGCAAAGCGCGUCGCCAAUGUCCUAAGAGUCGUGCUCGGGGAGAUGGGUACGCCUGGUUCGGCAUGGAGAGGAUCUGCCUCAGCGUCAGGCUCCUCCAUGUCUACUUCACAGCAGGGUCCUUCUACCACUUCGUCGUCAUCCGGGAGUUCCACCCAACCGCCUCCACGGCUCCUGCAGCCCUCGCGAUUCGGGGGCUCCGCGUUCUUCCCAUCGCCUUACGAUUUCAACCUGGCCCCUCUAUCGCUUAACGACCGUGACAUGUCGAGUUCCUCGUCGUCAGUGCAAAUGGCCGACGCAAAUCAGCCAGGAGAAUUCUUCAACUUGAACAUGCCUCUACCGACCCCCCGACUCGAGCCGAGUCCGAGCCUGGGCCCGAAUCCAUUCACAUCAUUCCUCCCAUUUUCGCUAUCCUAUCCUCCAAACCAGCACUCCUCUCACCCUAGCAUCGCCAACACCAACAUGUCGUCGCCAGACUCCACAGCCACGAAUCCGAAUCCGAAUCUAAAUGUUGACGUUGACUGGGCCUUCCUCGACCAGUGGAUGGCUCUACCGGACCAGGAAAUCCUCCCCGUGAACGACGGCGGAAGCAUACCCAUGACCUUCAACGGUGCUGGAGCCGGAGUCGGAAUUGGAGUCUCUGACCCCAACACGUCAAUGACAACUCCCGGCCUUGACGUGAAUGCAGAAUGGUCCAGUGCACCCUACAGAUUCCUGGGCGGGGAGAUAUUAAGGAACAUUGCGGCGCGAGAAGAGGCGGAGGCCCAGGCUGAACGACAACAGCAACGUCAGCAACAGGGAGAUGCCCAGGGCGAGAUGGAUGGUGUGGCGAGGAAUCAGAGUCAAGAUGGUGUCAAUAACUCUGGCCCGGAUGGAAAAGGUGUGGAGGGAUACAGCUUAGAUCGAGGAAAGAAUCAUUUCGCCGGACAUGGAGUUGCGCAGUAUAUAGGGUAUUAA